UGCUGCUGCUGCUGCUGCUACCACUGCUGCUAGCAUGCAAGGGGGCUUGGCCGGUUGGAUGAUGAUCUCGGCACCGUCAAGGACCGAAUGGGCGGAAAACACGAUGGGAGCAAAAGUGCCCGUCCCAAGCUCAAGAGCGAAAGAAAGGGUCUCUUUAGGCUCCAUCGACUCCUCGCCCAAGAAUCCCAGGCGCGAAAUUGCGAUGGCGAAUCAUGGGAAGGCCCUUCGGGCGGCAUUCGUGGCCAUGGCCAACGCAAGGCAAAAGAAGGAGCGGACAACGUAUUCGCCGACACGAAUCCCCUCGCAGGGGUCAUCGGCACUCUCACCAGCGUCAAAACCGCGAGCAGCAUCAGCAUCAACAAAGUCUUCGUCACUGCCAGCCCGUUCGGGUUUGUCCGCCAAGGACAGGAUGAAGGCUAAGGUUGCCUCAGCUCUUCAACAGGUACCGCCCAACAACAUCGGUAACUUCACCAAAGGUGCCGGGGCCCAGCCCACGCCCCCGACAAAGCCGGCUGCUUCCUUCUCCAAGUCCAACCCAACCAAUUGGCCCGCAGGCGCUGGGAGAGGAAAGGCGGCCGCGUUUGUAUCGAGUGUCAUCGGGGGCGUGGCGGCGACAAGCUGGUUCCUCUUCUGCGCGGGGCCUUCUUCAGCGGCAAGCAGCACACGGUCCUCGUCGGCGAGUCAAGAGGGGGAUCGGUGGUCCAAUCCUUUCGGCGACUUGCAGCUCAACGCCGCCGCCGCCGCCGCCGCCGCCGCCACCGCCCCCCACCCAUCUUGGUCCACAUCGAGCCGUGUCGUCAACGGAGAUCGUGAUGGUGGUGGCAGCGGCUGGUCGAGCAAGGCGGACGGUGUAGGAGUAGAGGGGAGAGGAAAAACUAACGAGGGUGAAGAGGUGGAGCAAGGUGGUGCUGGUGGCGUGGGUGAGAACGGUGGGGCGGGCGACGAGGGUGAAUAUGAGGCUGGAGUCUGGGUAGGAUGGGGUGGGGGGUGCGCUUUCUGAACGCCUGCAUCAACUCUAUGCCUCCCGCGUGUGAACUGUACUUGUAGACACCGUUACUUGAAUAUUGGUUAAUCUAUAUUAAUGUAUCUGGACUGCGUUUUUUUGCUCAUCUAUUUCUUUGUACCUGGACUGCAGUUGUGCUUAUCUAUACGUAUUAUUGUAUCUGGAUUGCGGUUUUGGUUGUUGCUUUUGGUGUUGUGUGAAGUAUUGGGCACUGCUGCUCACGUGUAGCCACCCGUGCUUUCUCCCUGUGCGUAAACAGUGCUAUACUGUAGGUACUGUGUGCAACUGUUACAUUUCCCAACAGAGAACGCUGUGUCGAAAUUCGGGACUGAGCCAUGGACCAGAGCUUUUAAUUUUCUGUUCUUUGUCUGUGAUGUAUCAUAUUUAUAGUAUAGGAGAGCUGUUCUGGUAUGAAAUAAGAGAGGCAUGUGCUACCGUGGACCUACGCCAGGCGACAAGCCGCCACGUGUGCCUCAUUUUGGCGGGAAAUGGCUGAACGUAGUGUAGACUAGAAACAGCGGCAUCCUCAGCAGUAGGGAAGGUCGACGUGCCUCGGAAAGGCCAGUUCAGUUCCAAGGAAACAGGUUAAGAAGUCCUUCCUUGAGGUUGCGGUAUAAGAUAGCGACGCGGGAGGGUUUCAGUAGUCAGUGUUUUGUGCCCUGACGGCCAUUGGUCACAGAUCCUUUUACAGAUGAAGAACGUUCCCAACUUGCAGAUUCGGCAAAGGCACCACCAUUAUUCGCGAGGAUUAUUUCCCGUGUCGCGCUGUGUCCACUUGCAACGUCUAGCUAGUCAAUUGGGCGAUCUCCUUCCUUACCCGCCAAUGCUGCGACGCCGUAUUUCUCCUACGUAGGAAAGCGACGGGGUUGGUUCCGAGCUCCGGCCACAUGUGUGAUAGCGGCGUUUCGACGAGCCUAAUGUCACCCGGGGGGGAUUCUCACGUGUGUGAUUCGGGAAGGGAAGGGGGGGGGGUGCACUCAUAGCCAUGCAUGCUGUAGUCGUUUGACCGUUGACUUCGCAGGAGGGGGGAGGGGAGAGGUGGGAGGGGUUGCUCGCUGUCCCACAAGCAUGUCUUGCGCUAUCCUUCAACAAUUGGCAAACGAUGGGAUUGGUCAAGCUGACACACGUUGGCGGUCUGUACUCGUCAUGUGCGUAAUUCUAGGGUCACCACACGGUAGGACAUUUCUCCACCGUGAGGACUACGUAACACUUGCCCCCUAUCGGCUUGUAUCGCGUAGUCGGAAUGAUCAAUGCUGUGAUGUCUCUCGUACUUCCUUUACCUGUGGGGUUCAGCACCACGCGGAGUACCGCUCUGCGCGGGGAAGUUUGAGGGGGAUUAGCAAACGGUGAGAUCAGUGUCCAUUUGCGUGCGUGGCUUGUGUUUUAAGGGGUCGCUUGGAGCGAAUGGUACAUUCUGCAUGGCUUGCGUGAGAGUCCCCUGAAUCGUGAGAACCUCCU